CGACUGCAAGCGCUGCUCCUGCUGUUUGGGACACACACAAGUCUCACGGAAAAUAUGGCGGAGGCUGCGGCGGUCUCUCCGCAUCGCUUCUUCUGUCACUGUUGUAAGGGUGAAGUGAGCCCCAAACUCCCGGAGUUUAUCUGUCCCAGAUGCGACUCUGGCUUCAUAGAGGAGGUUACAGAAGACUCCAGUCUUCUGGACAGUAGUUCAAAUAGCCUUGAUGACACAGCUUCACAGUUUGCUGAGCUAUGGCAGCUGUUGUUUGUGGAGAGGCCAUUCAGUAUGGAUCUAGACAGUCCUGAAUCCGAGCGAGUCCCGGGAGGUGGUCUUGGAUUAGGUUCAUUUGGUGGUUCUGUCCCAGGUGGGCCCCUGGUGGGCCCUUUAGGUGGAGGAGAACACUGGGGUUCUGGUCGUCCUCGCCUGCACAGUCAGAGGAGAUACCGAUCCAGAGGAAGCAGUCGACCGGAUCGCUCUCCCGCUGUUGAGGGAAUAGUACAGCAGUUUCUAGCGGGCCUUUUCGCCAAUUCAGGAGUACCAGGCUCUCCGCCACUGUCAUGGACGGGCAUGCUGCACUCAAACCCUGGGGACUACGCCUGGGGACAGGGGGGUCUGGAUGCAGUCAUCACACAGUUAUUGAGUCAGUUUGAGAACACGGGUCCUCCUCCUGCUGACAAAGAGAAAAUCUCCUCCCUCCCCACAGUUAACAUCACUCAGAAACAGACUGAAUGCAAUAUGGAGUGCCCAGUAUGUAAGGAAGACUACAUGGUUGGCGAGCCAGUCAGGCAGCUACCCUGUAACCACAUUUUCCAUAGUGACUGCAUCGUGCCCUGGCUUGAAAUGCACGACACGUGUCCUGUGUGCAGGAAGAGUCUGAACGGGGAUGACAGUAGCACUCAGUCCACAUCAGAGCCUUCCUCCCGAAACAGUGAUCCUCGCACACCAGAGAGAUGGUCCUUCUGAGAUGCGCACACACACACACACACACACACACACACACACACACGUCCGUUUUACCCUAAUCCCUGUGUCUGACACACAGAUUGAGGGUUUCCCCAUUUGGUUCUCUCUGUCUUAACCCAAGCUUCUUAGUUCCUUUAUUCUUUUUUUCCAUCUUUAUUUGAUUGUCUAUUGUCUCAUGUUCAUCUUAGUAUGCCAUUGCAUUUUUACUAUGUUUUGUUUACUCUUCUUUAAUGCAGUUUUCUCACAUCUAAAAGUCUAUCCCAUAUUCCCAGAAGUCUGUGAUUCUUUGCAGCAAUGUGUUUCUACCAUGAAUUGAACAAACAAACAAUGCAGGAUGAGGGCAAGAGCUGGUGGAGGUUGUUACUACAGCACAAUUCCCCACUAAUAAUUGGAUUGUACAGUGUUGUUGCCCCUAGAGACAAACUGUACUCCCUGGAUAGCACCUCUUAUCGUUAAAUGUGAAUUCUUGUUGGGAUGGGGUGCCAUGUCUUUGUAGUUUAUAAAAGCUCCUUUUCCCAAGAUCUUUCAUUAUUCAAUCGAUCAUGAAGUUUUGUUUUACUCCCCUCCAUUUUUGGUGUAAAUAUCAAAAACCCAUAAGUUCAGUUGUUAAAUUGUUUUAAAUGACCAAGUUCUUUUCAAUCUCAUUGCAGUUUUUUUUCUAAUGUAAAUAAUUUUGGUUGGAAAACUCAUUUAAGGAAGACAAAAAAAAAAUUGGUGAUAAAUGAUGAUGAAUCGCUAAAAGGUAUAUAUGAAUAUAUAUUAUAUGAUGUGUAUGACCAUGAUGUAUUAAUAAUAAAACUGAAUAAAAACCAGAGAACAGGUUGAUCUUGCUACACAACAAA